GCCAAGCGUCGAAGAAAUAAGUCAAGAUGAUGUCAAAGACUCUUUUUAUUGUUCUGAUCGGCUGUGCCGUAGCUUUUGCCUCUCCCAUCAAACGAGAAGUUUUGGAUGAAAGAUCCAUCGCUGAGGAAACCGACAAAAUCGGAUCUGAAGUCAAAGAAUUCAUCAAGCAUUUGUUUGGAGAGCUUUUAGGAACGAUCGGUGGAGCCAUCAAGGACAGCCUGCAGGAGACAUUCCAGAAGCUUGGAGAACGUUUAGACACUAAGGAUUACAAAGAAGCAGUUGAAAAACUUGCCCAGGCUCUGCAGAAAGUAGCCGAUGCUGACGAGAAGCUUCAAAACGAUGAGAAAACCAAAGAAUACCUUGAGAAGGAAGCCGAGAAGGUUGGCGAGGCUUUCGCCGAAUUGAUCGAACAGGCUGCUGAGAAGAUCAAGAACGAGGAGGAAGGAACCGUCAAUGCCGCGGAAUUCAAGAAGGCCGUUCACGAAUUUAAACAGAUCGUCGACAAAGUAUUGUAAAUGAGAUGAUAAUCUUUUCAUUCGAUUAAUAAACAAUCGUAGCUGCUA